CAAGAUUUUACUAUUACCAAAAAAACAAAAAAAAAAAAAAGAAUAAUCCUAUGACCCUUCAGUCCAAAGGAAAAUAAAAUAAAACUUCUUUGAUACUCUAAUUAGCAGUUACUACUACAUUUUACCUCAUUUUGACCGGCAACACUAAGUUCUAAAUUUCCGGUCUAUUACAACAAGAGAUCAAAUAUGGAUGAACAGUCAAAGUAUGUAAAAUUAACAAAAGAUCAAUUGCCUGUUGAAGAAGACAUUAAGCCUGGCGAACUUAAUCAGCCCAUUAAUGUUCCUCAGCUAGUCGUUCACAAGUGCAACGAAUGUGGACAAGUUUUACCUGAAAGUUUUGAGCCUCCGGCAGAUGAGCCUUGGACAAGUGGAAUUUUCGGAUGUGCAGAGGACAGAGAUAGUUGCUGGACAGGACUUUUCUGCCCCUGUGUCUUGUUUGGGCGUAACGUCGAGAGCCUGAGAGAAGAUACUCCUUGGUCUACCCCUUGUGUUUGUCAUGCUAUUUUUGUUGAGGGCGGCAUUGCUCUUGCAGCUGCAACAGCAGCAUUUCAUGGUAUUGAUCCAAGUACAUCUUUCCUCAUUGGUGAAGGCUUAUUAUUUGGUUGGUGGAUGUGUGGAAUAUAUACUGGCCUCUUCCGGCAGUCGCUACAGAAAAAGUACCAUCUCAAGAAUUCUCCUUGUGACCCUUGCCUGGCACAUUGCUGCUUGCACUGGUGUGCCUUGUGCCAAGAGCAUAGGGAGAUGAAGAAUCGUCUGUCAGAUAACAGUGCAAUGCCAAUGACAAUAGUCAAUCCUCCCCCGGUCCAGGAGAUGAAUGCUGCUGGCGACAACCGCGAAUCGCUACCUUCCUCAACAAAUAGCACCGAACAAACCAACCUCGAGAUACAAGCUCUGUGAAAAUUCUUCUAUGCUACCACCAUAUAUUCAAUUUAGUAUAUCAUAUAACAGUUCAAAGAGUUUGCGUGUGUCGGUUGCUGCUGGCACAGUCACCUUUGGAGCUAAGUUAUACAGGAAAAAAAUGUUUUUGACGCACAUGUUAGGACAAUAAUGUCUUGGACUGCAGACGAGUAGCUAAAUUUGCACUCCUUGUGCACUCUUCUUGUUUUGGUGUCUCAAAAUUCCAUUAAAAAUUUUAGAGUCAAAGGUAGAAGAACUUCGCAAUCAAUAUUAAUUAUCUUGUAUUAUUUCUUCAUUCUGUUGCACAAUUCAUUGCUUGUCGUACUAAUAGAAGACGAAUUUAGAAUUUAAACUUUAUGAGCUCGUUUAGUUUGAUAAAUCGAGUGAAACAACCAAGGUAUAAGAUUUGAUAUUGUUUUAUCCAA